AUGGCAUCUGCCCGGCACUAUGGACGAUCGGCCAGGGACAUCGCCAGCGUGAUGCAGAGGCUGCAGGACGAACAGGAAGCUGUACAGAAGCGGACUUUUACAAAAUGGAUCAACUCCCAUCUGGCAAAGCAUGACCCGCCCCUGGUGGUGACGGAUCUGUACGAGGACAUUAAGGAUGGCGUGAUGCUGUUAGCGCUCCUGGAAGUGUUGUCUGGGCAAAAACUGCCUUGUGAGCAGGGCCGCAAGCUCAGAAGGAUCCACUGGCUGGCCAACGUGGGAACGGCGCUGCACUUCCUCGAGGGCAGGAGGUCUGUGUACAGAGGAUCUCCGAUCAAACUGGUGAACAUCAACACCACGGACGUUGUAGACGGCAGACCCUCUAUCGUCCUGGGCUUGAUAUGGACCAUCAUAUUAUAUUUCCAGAUUGAGGAACUCACCAGCACACUACCGCCUCAGAACGUACAGACGAGCAGCACGUCUUCGGUAGACAGCUCCAACAGCACCGAGGCGACCAGCCCGCCUGUCAAACGCAAGCCCCGCCUCUCCUUCCAGGGCGGAGCCAAGAAGGCUCUUCUUAAAUGGGUGCAGAAAACCGCUACCAAGAGACUGGGUCUGGACGUCAGGGAUUUCGGUCCUAGCUGGCGUUCCGGUGUAGCGUUCCACGCCGUCAUCUUCGCUCUGCGUCCUCAGCUGGUGGACAUGGAGCGCGUCUGGAACCAACCCAACAGAGCCAACCUGGAGGAAGCGUUCUCAUUGGCUGAGAAGGAGCUAGGCAUCCCGCGGCUGCUCGACCCUGAGGACGUGGACGUUGAUAAACCAGAUGAAAAGUCCAUCAUGACCUACGUGGCUCAGUUCCUGAUGCAUCAUCCAGACUCUGCGGAGACGGACAGCAUCAGAAACGAGGAGGAGGUACAGUACGUCCAUUCCUUCUUACAUACUGUACAGUAGCACUAUCGUGAACAGAGGAACCUGCUGAGGGAGCUGAAGGUCUGGGCCGAUCAGUUGGACCGGGACUGUGCCGAGGCUCGGGCAGACACCGGAGAUCUCGGUCAGCAGUACCAGGUCUUUAAGCAUUACCAUGUGCAGUAUGAGAUGAGGAGGAGACAAGUGGAGUCCUGCAUUCAAUCCACUCAGAAGGACGGCAUGCUCACUUCAGACCAAGCUCUGGUUAAACAGGCCUGGGAGAGGCUAUCUGCUAGGCUCCUGGAGUGGCAUGUGCAGCUGGAUGGUGGGUUGCCAGAUCCUCUGGGCUCUGUAGGUGUGUGGCUGCAUCAGGCGGAGAAGAUCCUCCAAGAGGAACUGGUUCCUCAGGAGAGCCACGAGGAGACUGCCAAUGUCAUCCAUCGGACACGGCAGCUCCAUCAGGAGAUCUUGUGCCAGGUUGAAUCGCACCAGCAGACCUUUCAGCGUUACCACAGGGAGCGGAGCGUCGGCGGCGUUCCUGUACCUGCUGAGCAGCUCCAGGACAUGGAAGAGAGAUUAAACUACAUAGCUACCUCCUCGCACGUUCAUCUGAGCAAACUGGAAUACUGGGAGUCGAGGCAUCGCAUGCUGGACUUCCUGUCGCUGGGCGAAUCCAAGCUCAAAUCCUGGAUAAUUAAAUACGGACGGCGGGAAACAACCGAGCUUCUGCUCCAGAGCUACAUGUCAUUUGUCGAAGGCGGGAACUUCUUCCAAAACUACGACUCCCUCUAUGAGGCUUUGAAGCAGGCUGCUGUGCUUUACAUCAGCGCUGCCAUUUCAGUUGAGAAGAGAGUGAAGCGCUUCCUGAGAGACGUGGCCGAUCAGUGGAGGAGUCUGGCGGUGGAGGUGCGCAGCGUCAGGUCCAUGCUGGAGGAGGUGCAGGGGAACUGGGAGAAGUACAUCGGCUGCGUGGCGUCUCUGCAGGCCUGGCUGGAGGACGCUGAAGCUGCGCUCAGGCAGCCGGAGAACACUAAACGAGAGUUCUUCAGGACUCUUCCACACUGGAUGGAGACUCACGCCGGCAUGAACGCUGCAGGAAAUUUCCUCAUAGAGACGUGUGAUGAAGCGGUGGCUCGUGACCUGAAGCACCAGCUGCUGCUCCUCAACGGGAGAUGGAGAGAUUUAUUCAGUAGAGCCAAGCAGUACGCUCGCGUUCACGAGACUCACAGCGAGACCGAGCUGCAGGACGCCGUCAAGGCUCUGAGAGACUUUUUAGAAACUUCUAUAUCCAAACUCACCUCGCCUGUCCAGGUGUCUCUACCAGACGUCCGAAUGUUCAUGAGAAACGUUCAGGAGAUCAAGCACAGGCUUCCGGCGAUGGAGGUGAGAUAUAAAACAGCGGCCCGCACGGCUCAGCUCUGGACCAGAGACUCCAGCAGCGGGGAAGGAAAGCAAGUCCUCGCUACGAUGGCCGCCAUCAAAGGACAGCUGUACAAGAUGAAGGAGAAAUGUCCGCUGGUGCUGAGAGAGUGUCACACCGUGCUUCCCGUGUUAGAAGAGCUGGAGGGCCAGAUCUCAUCCUUCUAUCAGAUAGCUGAUCACGCAGGGCACAUUAUCGCCCAGCAGCACGACCAGCACAAAAACCAGGAGUUGCUGUCGCAGCAGCAGAGCUGUAAGCGGUGCGUGUGCGCGGUGGAGCGCAGUUACCUGGCCCUGCAGAGGGCGCUCUGCUGCACCAAGACUCUCUACAAUUUUGACGCGUCGCUCCUGCAGAACAGAGUCACCGAGCUUCAGACCACGGCCCAGGCCCUGAUGCAGGAGGCGUUGGAGUGGAGGAGGGUCGCCGAGGCUAACGGUAACCUGACACGCCGCUUCGAGGAGACGCGCGCCGAGCUGGAGAAGACGCUGAGGGUGGGCCAGGCGUGUCUGACGGAGAGAGGAGACCCCGCUGAGCUCUUCAGCAAACACAGCGACUUUUUCAGCCGACUGGACCAGCGAGUGUUGAACGCGUACCUGAAGGCGUGUGAUGACCUCACCGAUAUCUUACCCGAGGAGGAACAGCAGGGUCUGCAGGAGUCGGUCAGGCGGCUGCACAAACAGUGGAAGGACAUCCAGGCCGAGGCUCCGUCUCACCUGCUGAGGCUGAGAGUGGAGGCGGAGCGGCGCUUAGUGAUGACAUCACUGCAGGAGUGCAGGGCGGAGCUGCAGAGGGAGGAGAAGGCGCUCGCAACAGCCGGCAGCGAGCGAGUGCUCCGAGAACACAGGGCUUUUUUCAGGAACAAGAACCCUGUGUCUGCGUGCGAGAAGAGGAUGAGGACGAUGGAACAGUUUUGCCAGAAACUUCCAGAAAACGACCCGGUGCAAAAAGCGCUACUCGAGACCAGAGACGAUGUCUCAGCGGUUAAAGGUCAAGUGGAAAGCGCCCAUGUGAGACUUCAGGAGCAUCCAGACAAGUGGCGCGAGUGGCACCGCAGGUUCAGCGAGCUCUCAGACUGGAUCGCUUCCCAGCACGGAGACGGAGAGAACCUCGCCGUGCAGAGUGAGGUGCAGACGGCUCAGGAGGACGUCCUGUCCUGGCUCGUGGCUCGUCUGGAGGUGCUGGAGGACCUGAGCAGCGAGGCUGAAGCUGUGACGCGCAGAACGGAGCUGGACGAGCUCGCGCGCACCCUCGGCACCCUGCUGUCCUCUCAGGAUGAAGCGAUGUCUCUAGAUGGAAACAGCGAGAGAGGAGAGGAGGAGGAGGACGCGCUUCAGACGCAGGAACACAGCCGAAUCCUGAAUGCGGCGAGCGCAACCGAGGCCAGGCAGCUGCUUCUUAUUCACCAGCAGAAGCUGAAGUCGCAGCAGAAGAGGAGAGGGUGUCUGGGCGAGGAGAGCAGAGACGACUGCAGCUCGGCAGCACAAGAGAGAUAUCUACAGGCCACCGUGAGAGCGUGGCAGGAGUUUGAGCUGGACCGAGAGGCUGUGUGGCAGUUCGUGUGCGGUGUGACUCCUGUCCUGCAGCGAGAGUUUAUAUUCAGCAGCCUGGAAAACCUCAGGCAUCAGCGCGACCAAGCUCGGGAGCUUCAUUCACAGGCUGGCGUGUUUAUCGAGAAGACUGACUCUCUGAUUAAAAAGGCGUCUGAGAUUCGUUUGGGCUCGGAGAAUGAUGCCCUGCUGCGUGAUCAGGCCAGAGCCGCGCAGAGGAGAGUGCGGGACACGCGGGACGGCCUCGGCAAAAUGAUAUCAGUGCUCGGUGAGAUUCAGGCACGAUGGCAGCAUUUCAGCUGUGACUCAGAAGCGCUCUCCUCCUGGGUGUGUGAGAGAGAGAAGGAGCUGGAGGCUGUAGACGGCAACACUGCUGUCUUGGAACGACAGAUUCACACCGUGGAGGUGAUGGAGGCAGGUUUGGAGGAAAGGAAGGACGCCCUGAGUCAGUUAGAGGCGGAGUCCCGAGCUCUGACUCGUUUCAUGACUCCUGGAAAGGCGGAGCACGUUAAAGCUCGCUUAUUACAGACCAGCAGGUCGUGGGAGGAGCUUACAAACAGCGUGAAGCGACGAUGGGCGGAGCUUCAGAUCAGCUUCUCGCAUAAAGUGAAGUUAACCGAGGACAUGGAUGAGGUUAAACAUGUGCUUAAAGAUCUAGCAGAGAAGUUGGAUAAACCGGUUACGGGCUGCACAUCAACAUCGGGGACGUACCAAGCUCUCCACGAGCAUAUGGACACAUGGCAGGCUCUUAAGCUCCUGCAGCCCAGACUGGUGUCCCUGAGCCUGGGUUUAAGAAGAAUAUCUAACAGGGAGCAACUGGAGAAAGACGUCUCAGAGCUCCAGCAGACUCAUAUACAGUACACUAGUAAGGCUGCUAGGAAACAAGCCAGACUGGAGGACCUGUUGACUCGGUGGCAGCAGUAUGAAAGAGGACUCUCAGUUCUCCAAAGCUGGUUAGACAGUUCAGAGAACCUCUGUAAAUCUGACACGCCAUACCUGGUCAUGGAUAAAACCAAACUUCAUAGCCAGCUACAAACGCUACAGGACUUGCAGAGUGAGGUUCCCUCUCAGGAGUCUUUGCUGGAGAAGUUGGAGAACCAGGCCGAGUUUCUGUAUCCCACAGCCUCGGAGGAACGGGUGGGAGAACUGACAGAGCUUCACUGCAUCUUGGAGGAGAGGUGGUGCUCUCUCAGUGUGAGCAUACCUCUUAGGAUUCAAGAACUUCAGGCCCAUCUUUCUCGCCUUGAGCAGUUUAACCAGGUUCUAAUGACAUUCACUCAAUGGAGUGAAAACUUUCUCAGGCAGUUACGAACCAGAUCCAAAGUCACCAUCACUGACCUGACAUUGACUGGUACCCAAAUCAAGGAUGAUGAAGCUCUUCUUCAAAACCAAACUAAAGUAAAGGAGGAUCUAAAGAAGCACAUGGAGGGACUAAGUCCUUCUCUGGCUCCACUGGAUCUUCAGCGAUUGCAGACCAGGCAGGAAGACUGUCUCCAGCCUUUCUCAGAGGCUAGGAGUCUGCUACACAAUCGUUCUGAGUCUCUGGUUAAACUUGAGACCUUCCUGCUGACCUAUAGGUCGACCACCACUUCUCUCCAGACCCUGCAGAGAGCUGUAGGAGAGACGAACUGGGACGAAACCAAGGAUAGGAACGUGAACCAGGAACUAGAGCAGUUGUCACAGGAGUUAGCCACUGUGGAGGUACAGGCUAUAAGUCUGGACAGUAGUCUGAACAAGGCAUGUCUACAUCUACAUGGGAUUGACGGGGACAGGACGUCCUGCCGGGGGCUGGUGGAGGAUCUGGGAUCGGGAUUGCAGCAAAUUCAGAGGAGCAUGGGGACCAGGCAGAGCGAAGCUGAGGCACUAGGAGCCAUGAGGAGCUCCUUUGUUAAAAGAAAGGAGAUGCUUUUGAAGAGUUUAAAGGAGCUAGAGGAUAGAGCCAGAAAACCAUGGCUUCCAGAACCAAGCACACAGAACUUCCAGCAAAGACUGUGGAUGCUAAACCAGUUGGAGGAGGAACUCGAAGCUCUACAGCACAGUCAGCUGUGGUUAGGCGAGAAAGGCGAGCAGUUGGCUCACAGAGACCCUGAGAUGGUCGAGGAGGCCCGGCGAGAUGUGACCCUCGUCCAAACCAGUUGGGAGAAAAUUAAAGAUGUCAUCUCAGAAGAGCAGGAGCAGUGCAGAGUGCUGGUGGAGAUGUGUAAGGAUUACCACAGUCUGAGGUACAAACUCGGCUCAGUUGUUGAAAGAGCUCACGCUAUCACUGUCGCCCCGUCUGUCUGGCACAACCCCGAGGACAUCCGGAGAGCCUUGACUCGGCUGGAGGCGGUGAAGUCAGAGAUGGCAGGCGCUCAGGACGACCUCGAUUUGUUCAUCUGUAAAAGCAAAUCCUUCAUCAGUAAUCUAAGGACCUUCCCCGAUGACAUAACGGGCGCUGUCCGCGUCGAAAUGGACACCGUUGUGGACCAGUGGACGGACACAUCAGAGCGAAUCGAAAUCGAAGCGGGCCGUCUUUCAUCCGCUCUCGAGUUAUGGAACGAGAUUAACUCGAUCGUCAACGACGUCGAGUGUUGGAGCUCCACCUCGGUUAGCGAGCUGAGUGACGGACCUGUUAACCUCUUAUCCAGCUUCAACAUGGAGGACUGCCUCAGCCAGUUUAAGAUGGAGAUUGAGAGUAAAAAGGUGCUGAUGGAGACCCUGCAGGGAAAGCUUGCCAAGCUACAGGAAGUGACGAAGAAUCAGGAGGCUGACAUCGAGCUCCAGGCCAUGGCAGCUGAUCUGAGGAAGAAGAUCUUGCACGCUGAAGAGGUUCACGAGCAGGCCAGCUCCAUCCUGAGGGACUUCAGCUGUCAGAGCCGGCAACUCCAGGACGUGAUUUCCCAGAUGGCUGAACAACUGGACGGCGUCGAGAGCAGACUGUCAGAGCUAUCGCAGUCAUCUGACCCAGAAAAUAUGGCCAAGAUAAAGGAGCUCCAGAAGACUCUGAAGCAGGUCGACGAUGCUUUGGACGUGACAGCCGAGUCUCUCAGAGUGCUCUGUAGAGCUUACCCGGCUCAGCAGCUAACCGCUCUGGGUGAGAGCAUCACCAAGCUGGUGAAGAGGAGUGAAACGGCCGCUCAGAGUUCCAGCCGAAUCCUCCGGACUCUGCAGGAAACGCUUCUGCAUGGUUUCAACGAGCUCACACAGGAGUUCCACAGUUGGCUGUCGGAGCUGAGGGCGGGUACAGGCGAGCGCUCUGACCACGCAGGAGACGUUCCUGAGGUUUCCGCUCAGCUGCACAGGCUCAAGGUGUCUCUGGAGCGGCUCGGAGAGGGCGAGGAACGCCUGGCUAGACUUCAGGAAGAGGAAGAGAAGCUCCUGAGACACCUGUCUAAAUCUGCAGCCGGAGGAGUGCAGGAGCGCCUGGCGUCAUGUCAGCUGGCUCUGGAUGGAUUUACUGCGGCCUGCAGACAGAGAGUGCGGUGUUUAGAGGAGAGCGCCGCCCUGCAGGACGGGUUGGAGGUGUGUGUUGAUGAGUUGAGAGUCUGGCUGAGGCAGAUGGAGGAAAGCCUGCAGAAAGAGGCAACGCUGUGUGUGGCGAGCCAGCCAGGAGUGCCUGAUUGCUCCAUCCAGCUGAAGAGAGUGGAGGAAAUCCACAAAGAGCUACUCUCAAGAAGGCCGUCUCUGGAGCAUCUGUAUCAGGCCUCUCUUCCCCUGUCCGAGGUGAACAGCGUCCCCGCUGAGCUUCUCUCCUCCCAUCAGGCUCUGCUUCAGGAGGCCUGGACCCGAAUGCGCCACCUGCAGGAGUACCAGGCCUUCGGGGAGGCCCUGAAGGCGGUCGGGGACUGGCUGGAGGAGGUCAAAGGCAGGCUGGAGAAUCUGGAGAGCACAGAGGGGAGCAAAGAGGAGGUGGAGGAGAGACUGGAGCGAGUGCAGGAUAUCCUUUUAAUGAAGGGUGAGGGUGAGGUAAAACUGAAUAUGGCUGCCGGAAAGGGCGAACUUGUCUUAAAGACCAGCGGAGAUGCUGGACAGGAAGUGAUCCCUUCUAAGCUACAGGAAGUGGAAGACGCCUGGGCGGCGCUGCUCUUAAGGACUAUGAGCUGCCACAGCCGUCUGGAGUGGACCGUGAGUCAGUGGGGGCUGUUCGUGGAGUCUCAAGCUCAGCUCAGGACCUGGUUGGAGCAGGUGGAGUUCGAGGUUAAAGGUCCUCUGGAACCUCAGCUGGGACUCCGAGAAAAGAGGCAGCAGCUGGAUAGACUGUGUCUGCUCCUAGCUGACAUAGAGGACCACCAGGGGGCGCUGUGUUACUUAGAGGAGAGCGCCGCCGAGCUGUACAAGCGCACCGGAGAUCCGGCCUUCAAAGAAGAGGAGACUUCACAGCUCAGGGCGCAGUUUGAUGAUGUCAGAGCAGCUGCAGAGGAGAGAGUACGUCUUUCAGAAGGUGUCGUUUUCGAGCACGAGAAGUACAUGGCGACAGUGAGGGAGCUCACCGAUUGGCUGAUGUCCAAAGGGGAGGAGCUUCAGAGAUGCUCCGACCCGUCGGGUGACUCUGUCUCGGUCGAGAGGAAGCUGAUUAAAGUUCGGGAGCUGGUGGCGCAGGGAGCGCGCGAAGGACGCGAGCGUCUGCGGCGCGUGCGGCUGAGCGCGGAGAGCGCGUGCAGGCUGACGGCGGCGGCGGGCUGCGAGCUGAUGGACGGCGAGGUGCUGGCGCUGGCGCGCGCCCUGCGGCAGUGGGAGGGGCAGGCGCUGCGGGCGCGCGACACCCUGGAGUCCGCCGUCACCGCGGCCACGGGCGCCGAGCGCGAGCGGCGCCGCCUCGCCGAGCGGCUCGAGGAGGACACGGCGCGGCUCGAGCGGCAGCUGCGCGACUGGAGCGACGGGCUGAAGCGCUGCGAGAGGCGGAACAGCGGAGCCGAGGCGGUGCAGGGGUGGACCGUCGCCAAGGGCGUCCUGGAGGGCCUGCAAGCGGCUGAAGUCAUGGAGGAGAAGCUGAAGGCUCAACUCAACGAGCUGUCUGGGUUCCCCAGCGAUCUGGGCGCGCAGUCAGAGAGGGUCAGCGCUCUCAUCAAACUGCACAACAGUCUGAGUCUGCGAGCGGCUCGUGAGUGUCAGAAUAAGGAGAAGCUCCUGGAGCAGCGUUUCCGCACGUCCCUGCGUGAUUUCCGCCAGUGGCUGGUCAACGCCAGCAUCUCCACCGCUAAAUGCUUCGACUCUCCUCACAGCAUUCAGGACGCUUCCAGCAGCCUGCAGAGGAUCCAGGAGUUCCUGAGCGACAGCGAGCAAGGCCAGACCAGAUUAAACACCGUGCUGUCCCACGGGGAUCGUCUCGCCGCCGUGGUGUCCGCUGACAGAGUGGAGACGGUCAGGACCAAAGCCAACGCCGCCAGGGACGACUGGAGGAACCUGAUGGACAACCUGAAGCAGAGAGAGACCGUCUUACAGAGUCUUCAAUGUCAGAUGCAGGAGUUCGAGGCGAGUGUGGAGCCUCUUCAGGACUGGAUCAGCAGAACAGAGACGAGUGUACAGGAGAGCAGCGCUCGUCUUCAUGACCUCCCCGCCAAGAGACUGGAGCUGAGCAAACUGCAGUCGGUGUUGGAGGAGAUGGGCUCCAUGGAGUCCGAGCUGGGAGUGCUGAGAGAGAGAGCUCACAGCCUGUGGGAAGGUCAGGUGGCUGGGAAAGGCUUCGUGCACCGGGUCUGUCAGCUUGCUGCGCGCUACCUGGCCCUGAGCAACCGCACUAAGGAGAAGGUCUCCCGAGUGGAGCGCGUCGUAGGGGAGCACCAGCUUUUCUCGCAGGGCUUACAGGAACUUCAGAGCUGGGUUUCAGAAGCCCAGGAGAUCCUCGAGACCUGCCGAACUCCCACCGCUGACAAGAGUGUGCUGCUUACCAGGAUGAGCCAGCUCGAGGAGCUGCUGGCGGCGCGUCAGGAGCGAGAGAUCCAGCUGAAGAUGCUCAUCACCAGAGGAGAAGCGGUGCAGAGGAACACCUCAGCCGAGGGCGUACCUGUCGUCCGCAAACAGAUCCAGGACCUUAAAGACUCCUGGGACUCGCUUCUCUCCGCCUCUAUUCAGUGCAAAAGCCAGCUGGAAGGCGCGUUGUCUCACUGGACCAGCUAUCAGGAGGACGUGAGCCAGUUUGAGGGCUGGCUGGAACGAGUGGAGGAGAGUCUGGGGAGCUCGGAUAAACACUACACCGAGAUGAGGGAAAAGACGGCGAAUUUACGCCAGGCCAAGCUGCUUUACGAGGAAGUGUUGAGUCACUCGAGCCUGUUGGAGACCAUCGCGACCAAGGGCUCCAACAUUCCCGAGCACUCGGCCACUCAGCAGGAGGUCCACGAGCUCAGCGAGCAAUACGGAGCCAUCAAGGACAAAGCCAAGGCUGCUGUCAGGAAGGCGGAAGAGCUUGUCCUGGUCCAUCAGGAGUACCAGCGAGGUCUGCACAUGUUUGAGGACUGGCUGGAACAGGAGCAGAGCAACCUGGGACUGCUUUCACCCCUGGAUGGAGAUGUGCACACACUCGAGAAAACCCUGGCAGAACUACACAUGCUCCAGUCACGUUGCUCCGAGGGCCACGGCUUGCUAACGUCAGCUCUGUUGAGCCGGGAGCGGGUGAUCCCAUGGGGCGUCCCCCAGAUCGAGGACAGGGCGUUGGAGACGGCGCAGAGAGAGUGGCAGGCGUAUCAGGACAGGCUGGAGAACACUCGAGCUGGCCUGGAGCAGACGCUCGUCAGGCUGCAACAGCUGGAGGGACGAUUCCAGAGCCUGGACCAGUGGCUGGUGGACAUCGAGCUCAAGGUCGAGCUGAGGAGCCACAGACGCUCCGAUUGUGCUGCGAAAGAGCUCCAGCUCCAGCAGCUGAUGCGGUGGCAGGUGGAGGCGGUACAGAAGCAGUGUGAGAUGGAGACUCUGAGUGCUUUAGCUCAGCAGGUUGUUGAAGACGCCCACGUCAGCGCCCGAGUCAGCGCCCGGGUCACUCAGCUCACCACGCGCUACCACGCCCUCCUCCUGCGCACACAGGAGACGAUCCGUCAGCUCCAGGAGGAACUCAGGAGCGUGGGCGAGGCUCAGGACGCUCUCAGGACCUUCUCCGACUGGCUGAGCGCGACCACGGCGGGUUUUAAAGCAGCCAGCGAGAGCGAGCAGGCCCCGGACAGGACGUCUCUGGAGAAAAAGAUGAAAAGGCUGGAGUCUCUACAGCGUGACACGGACGAAGGCCACGCCCUGUUUAAGACCCUCCGUGAGAAAGCCGAGCAGGCCGUGUCCUUCCUGGAUGAAAGCGGGGCGUGUAAGCUGGAGGAGGAGGUGAAGGAGAGCCGAUCUCAGCUGGAAGAUCUCGCUCUGGCGUUACGAGCCGAGCACGGCGCUACGGAGAAGAGCACGAUGCUUUAUAAGGAGUUCCUGGAGCGUUAUAAGACGCAGCUGCAGUGGCUGAGAGAGACUCGCGCUCUGCUCGGAUCUUCUGCAGAACCCAAAGCUGAACUCUAUCAGAGGAAAGCCCAGCUGGCAAAGUACAAGGUGUUGGAGCAGUCGCUGCUGUCCCGAGACUCUGCUCUGUGUGCGAUGAUGGAGAAAGGGAAAACCCUGCUGUCUCUCCUCCAAUCUCCGUCCAUCACGGAGAACAUGGACAAGUUGCAGAGUGACUAUCGGGAGCUGUGUAACGCCGCUAGGACUCAGGUGCAGAAGCUGGAAGCUCACGUAAAGAAGCAGGAGGAGUACCACACCGAACUCCAGGAAGUGGAACGCUGGCUGUUGCAGAUGUCCAGCCGGAUGGUGACCCCAGACCCCACGCCGGGCGGCGGCCUGGAGGCAGCCGCGCAACAGCUGGCCAGACACAAGGCCAUCAUGGAGGAGAUCGCAGGCUUUGAGGAGCGUCUGGCGGGGCUGAAGGAGAGAGGGGACGAGCUGACGUCUGGCUGCUCCGAGCGCCUCCAGGCCCGCCUCCGCCAGCAGAUCCAGAGCCACCUGCAGGGAGCACGAGACAGCUACUCGGCCAUCUGCAGCACGGCGCAGCGCGUGUAUCAGAGUCUGGAUCGGGAGCUGCAGAGGCACGUUAGCCUGCGGGACACGCUGCAGCAGUGUCAGACCUGGCUGUUCAACAUACAAGAGGAACUGCAGCCACCUGCGCAAACUCCACGCUACCUGGAGGAGGCGCUGAUGCAGCUGAAGCAGGAGCGAGCUCUUCAGGAGCAGGCCAGUACGUACCUGCAGCUGAUCUGCUCCACGUGUGACCUGACGGACGAGAAGGUGCGGGAGACCGCCGCUGAGAUCCAGCAAGUCAAAAUUCAGAUUGAGGAAAGGAUGCUCGAAUCCCAAGAACUGGCAGACAGCUGGAGAGAAAUCGAAAGCUGCCGUUCGGAUCUCAAGGCACGUCUCCGAGAAGCCGAACACUUUCUGCAGAACAUGCUGAGAAGACCAGCAGAUCUCGAGCCAAAGGUCUCUCAGAAUCAGCUGGACCAGGCGCAGGACUUUAUCCAGGAGAUACAAGCCAGGCAGGCUGAUCUUACCAAUCUGAGAGAGAGCAUCGGUAGGCUUGUGCCAUCUCAGGACUCUCCAGAGCUGGUGGAAAUAGGUCGUCUGCGCAGAUCUUGGUUAGAGCUUGCAAAGCAGGCUGCAGAGCUGUUGGAGCAGAGAGAGGAGGAUCUCCAGAGGAGUGGGGACUAUCAAGAGUGUCUCAGCACGGCAGAAGAGCUGUUCGACCAGUUGUCCAAGGAAUGGGAUUAUUUGUCAAGGGCGGAUACGGAGAGCACCGCGGGGUGUUUGAAUUCCUUGAAGAAGCUCUCUAUAGAUCUUCAGGACCAGAGGUGUGUAUUAGAAGACUUGAGGGAUAACAAGAAUGCUAUCCUGUCACGCUUUAGUCUAGAAGACAAAGACCUUGUCAAGGAGCAGGUAGGUUACCUGGAGCAACGCUGGACCCAAAUGGAAAUGCAGGUUGAACAGAAGGUACAGGAUACUAUUCAAACCCUUGAAGACCUCAAUCAUUUAGAGGACCAGUUACGCGAAGCCCAAGAGUGGGCUGAGGUGCAGAGACCAUCUCUUUCUGACGUGCUGAAAACCAGCCCCCCUCCAGACCUUGCGCAGAGCUUUUUGUUUGACCAUUUGAGCUUUUGUGCAGAGCUGGAAGCCAAGCAGCAGCUCAUUAAUCAGUCCGUGUCUGAGGCUGACUGCCUUUAUUCUCAUCUAGGACUAAAUGAGAAAAAGAGGUUGCAGACCUUGGUGCAGAAUGUUCAAGCAGAGGUGGAAUCUCUUACCUCGAAGGCAGCUCACCACCGCAAAAGCCUUAGUAAAGCGUUUACCGAGCGGACACAGUUCCUCCAGGCCUUGGACAGGGCUGCUGGAUGGAUCAAACAAAAAGAGCAGAGGGUUCUUUCAGAUGAGCAUGUGGCCCUCUUGCCAGAUGAACUCUCCAAGCAGGUUUCUGUUUGCAAGAACAUAUGUAGCAGCCUGAAGGCAUAUCAAGUGGAACUGACCUCACUUUGGACGCAAGGAAGGAACCUGGUCAAGGAUACAACUGAGGAUGAGAAGGUGGAGACCCUUCAGAGGCUUGAGGAGCUUCAGGGAACUUUCGAUGCUUCCCUUCAAAGGUGCACACAUCAUUUGCAGUACCUGGAGAAAGCCCUGGUUAUUCGAAAAUACUUCAAAGUCGACCUGGAUAGAAUCUGCGAGUGGUUGAGGCAUGCCGAAGCAGCCACAUUCCCCAUAAUAGACCUCAACAGGAAUGAUGUCGAACUGCACAACCAGUUGGCCAAAUACCAGCAAAUUUUGGAUCAUACCUCAGCAUACGAGAACCUAUUACUUAUUGUUCAGAGGGCAGGACAGGAAAUCCUUCCCACCUUAAACGAGGUGGACCACUGCUACCUGGACGAGAAACUCAACGGCCUUCCGCAACAAUACAAUGCCAUUAUUUUGUCGACCAAAGAAAAACGAGACAGGAUACAACGCGUGACUCUGGAACGCAGGGAAUUGGAGUCCCUCGUCGAAAUGACACGCAAAGCCUUGGAGGAACUUCAGGAGCAGUGUGAUGCCUUAGAGAAUCAAUCAACUAGUGGAAGUCUUGAAGAAGGAGAAAGGUUGCACGGUGACUAUGAAGACAUCCAGGAAGGUCUUUCAAACCUUUUCGAGGCAAUGAAUAAGCUGAAGAGUAAAACGCAGGACUUCCACUGCACAGGACAGCCAUAUACACGUGAGGUCAUUGACCAGUUAGUAAGCCUUUAUAGCAGACUUAAUCAAACGACAAAGGUAAAAGUUAACCAACUCAACCGUACUUUGAAUGUAUUAAACGACUACAGGGCUACAAUCACAAAAAUGGACAGAGGCAUUAAUGGCGUCAAGGAGGAUACGGAUAAACUCAAUUCCGAGAAGCAAUUAGAUGCCAUGCAGAGAUUAUCCAAACUGCACACACUGGCCAAAGAGCUUGAAGAGAUUACUUCUUAUUCUGAAGAUUUAGAUGAACAGAUAGUGGAGUUCAGCCAGCACUUUGACCAUGAUAGCCUUCAGACUCAGGUUUCCAUGAAGGAGAUGCAGAUUCAGGCAUUAAAAUCAAGCAUUUCCAAGUGCAUAGAAGAAUGCGAACAGUGUACCAAGUCAUGUGUUGAGGGCGAGCCUAGCUUCCAGAUUGUGAUCAAAGAAACCUUGGUGUGGCUCAAGAUGGUUAGAGACGAUCUCAGAAGUUUGUUUACUCUUCAGAAAAUAGACGUUCAUGUUGUUCAGGAUGAGAUCAGAUCAGCGGUGGCACUUCAAAAGGAAGUGAAAUCUAGGCUUCAGUUACUGGAAAUGUUUCACCAAAACGAGAGACAAAGGUACAAGACUGCCAAACAGCCAUUUCCCAGUGAGAUGGAGACUUGUUUGAAGGAUAUUGCAGACUUGGAGAGUGAGCUUCAGCAAUCCCUCUCAGCCAAACAGAUGGCCCUGCAGUCAGCUCUAUCCUUGAUACAGUUGUACAAAAGUGCCUUGAAAUCUACUGGCAAGUGGUUCGAAGAUGCCGAUGCUGCCCUAAAACAGAAGAAUAAGGAACUUGAAUUGGAUGACCUUACAGAGAGACUCGAGGAGCUUAAACAGGUUUUGACUGAAGAACCAACCAUAAAGGAGGUGAUUCAGGAUAUUGAGAACAUUCUCCCUAAAAUUGAGGGCUUUGUUCAUUCGGAUGUUUUUAUGAAACUCAAAGAAGGCUAUGAGAACACCUGUCAAAAGAGUACUGAGCUCUUGAAGCAGCUGAGAUGUCACCAGGAAACCUUGAACAGAUGUCUAACUCAGUGGAAAUCAUUUAACGAAGAUAAAGAAAUGCUUAUAAAUGAACUGAGUGAAGUCGAGAAGAAACUGACUGGGUUCAACACGGCGAAGUCGAGCUCUCUUCAUGAGGCAGAGGACAAGCUUCGUUUUCACCGGGAUGUCGUGGUCCGACUGGAGUCUUGUCAGGAUAAACUGUCACACCUGAAAGAACAGUCAGAGCAGGUUGAUCUGAAGGCUGUGUCCGGUACCGCAGUUUCUCGAUCAGUCUGCGCACUAUCACAGCGAUGGACUCAGUUAACCGGGGUAGCUAAAGUACAGGAGAAGGCUCUUAAGGACACCGUGCAUGACUGGAGACGUUUCAUUGAGAAGCUGGAGAAGAUGCGGUCUGUGUCGGUGGACCUGCACAGCCGAGUUCCCGACAGCGUGGUGGAGAAAGCCGCCAGCACCGUGGCCCUACACAACCUGCUGGAGUAUCACGACUCCUUCAGCCGAGAGGUGGAGAGAGAGAACAGCGCCCUGACGCUGCUCAGACACCACGCCCUCCAUCUCCUCCUCCACUCUGAGACCACAGGGCUGAAGACAACCAGACUCGGAAAGCUGUCGGCCACGCCCCUUCAGCAACCGGCCACGCCCAUCAAUCAACAGACCUCUCCAAGCAAACAAUCAACAACGCCCAAUACACAGCCUGCCACGCCCAGCAACCACUUAAACACACCUAGCAAUCAAACAGCCACGCCCAGCAUGCAGCUAACCACGUCUAAUACACAGCCAACCACGCCCAGCAACCACUUAGACACACAUGGCAAUCAAACAGCCACGCUCAGCACACAGCAAACCACACCCAAUACACAGCCAACCACGCCCAACAACCACUUAGACACACAUGGCAAUCAAACAGCCACGCCCAGCACGCAGCAAACCACAUACAAUACACAGCCUGCCACGCCCAGCAACCACUUAGACACACCUAGCAAUCAAACAGCCACGCCCAGCACACAGCAAACCACACCCAAUACACAGCCUGCCACGCCCAGCAACCACUUAGACACACCCAGCAAUCAAACAGCCACGCCCAGCACACAGCUAACCACACCCAAUAUACAAUCGACUAUGUCUAUUACAGUGUCAGCUAUACCCAACAACCACUUUGAUACAUCCAGCAAUAAAACAGCCACACCCAGCACCGAGAUAAUGAUGCCCAGCAACAGCACAGAUCUGGCCAUCAAGAGCAAUCAAGAAGACACACCUAAAUACCAAACAAUCCCAGCGCAGAUCAACCAUCUGGCCACGCCCACCAAGCAGGCCAGUAACCCCAGCAGUGAAGAUACUUUCUGUUUGCUGGAGAUUCAGGCAAUGCAGGAGAAAUAUGAGAGCCUGCUACAGAAAGUGUGUGUGAGCCGGCAGCAGGUGCAGGUGGAGCUGCUGGAGCGAGAGGAGGUGGAGAGGGAGCUGGGGCUGGUUAAAGGCUGGAUCCAGGACACACAGGGCUUGUUACUCAGCCCUUCAGCCGACCUGGAAACCCUGCUCUCUGACCUGGAGACGGCUCAUGGCGGUGUUCAGUCUCAGAGGCAGGCUUUGGAGCAGAUUGCGGAUCGCCAGCAGAUGAAAUACAAAGACCUCCACGCCGCCGUUCCCUCUGAGAUCAGCACCCAGCUGGCACAGGUCACCCUGGCGCUGGGCUCUGCCGAGGACCAGGUGCAGAGCCGAGAGAGAGAAGUGCAGCACAGCAGAGACGUUAAAGAAGACUUUACCGCCAGACUGAAGGACAUCUCGGACAAAGUCAGCACCAUCUCCGUGAAACUGAAGCAGAAGAGUGUGGAUGUAGAAGAGGCCAAAGGGGAGACAGAGACUCUGCGUGAGGAGCUGGAGGACUGCUCUCACGCUCUCUCCGAGCUGGACGUGGCCAUGCAGGAGUUCGGGGAGCAGAACCCGCUCCUGGCCCGACAGCUGGGCGCCACCCUGAGCAAACUGACCGAGCUCCACUCCCAGACCAGCAGACUCGCCGAGGGAAGGAGCACGCGGCUUAAGAAGGCUGAGCAGCAUUUCGAGGAGUUUAACCGGAGACUGACCCUGGUUCUGAACUGGACAGAAAAAGCGGAGACUCUGGUUUCCGCUAACAUUGUGUGGAGCCCCGCCUCUAUGAUGCAGGAGCAAAUCAGAACUCAUCAGGCGCUGCUGCGGGAGUGGCGCAGGCUGCAGGGUGAGAUGGAGGCGGUGAAGGAGAGAGUGGGGCUGUUGGGAGAGGUGAUGCACACCCACGCUCUUCACCAGCAGGUGGCAGAGCUGAGCCGUCACGCCGAAGAGCUGCAGCAACGCGCCAAAACUCGCCUGCUGAAUCUGCAGGACGCUGCAAAGGACCUGAGCCGGCUGGAGAGCGAGGUGAAGAGCCUCCACCGUGCUAUAGAGAGAGUUCAGGAGACGCUGGCCUCGCCGGAGCUGGCUCGCCUCAGCCUCAGAGAACAGCUGCUCCAGAGACAGCACCUGCUGACGGAAAUGGAGGGCUUUAAGGUGCAGGUGCAGGCCGUACAGAAGUGCAUGAGCGCUCUGCAGCUGCCCGAGGACGCCGUGGCCAAGUUACCCCUGUGUGCCACUGCGCAGAGUCUACAGCAGGACAGCAGCCACCUCCAGCACACCACCAUCCAGCAGUGCAAUAUACUGCAGGAGGCCGUGGUGCAGUACGAGCAGUACGAACAGGAAGUGAAGAACCUUCAGAAGAUGAUCGAGGAAGCGCAGCGGGUUAUUCAGGACCGACCCGUCGCUACGGGCAACAUCCACGAGCUUCAGACGCAGAUUCAGCACCAUGAGGAGCUGGCCCAGAAGAUAAAAGGUUACCAGGAGCAGAUCGCAGCCCUGAACUCGAAGUGUAAGAUGCUGACGGUGAAGGCCAAGCACGCCACCAUGCUGCUGACGGUCAGCGAGGUAGGGGGGCUCUCGGACGGCCUGGAGGAGCUGGAGGAUGAGGAGGAGGAGAUGACCAAACACCCCGCAGCACACCCCUCGGUCGUCAUGAUGACCGCGGGCAGAUGUCACACUCUCCUGUCUCCUGUGACGGAGGAGUCGGGUGAGGAGGGCACCAACAGUGAGGUCUCCUCCCCUCCGGCCUGCAGAUCCCCCUCACCCGGGCCUAACGCUGACGUCUCCCUUAACCAGACUGCAGGAAGACCCCCAUUAAGUCGCGCCCCUCUACAGGAGCUGUAUGACCAGUCCAUGGAAUCCGCCGCCACGGCAAACCUGGAUGACCUACAGCGCUCGUGGGAAACGCUAAAGAAUGUGAUCAGUGAGAAGCAGAAGAGUCUGUACGAGGCUCUGGAGAGGCAGCAGCACUACCAGGAGUCUUUACAGUCCAUCUCCACCAAGAUGGAGUCCAUCGAGGCUUCACUCAACGAAGGGCUAGAAGCUGGAAAGAGUCCCGAGAGCCAGAUGGCAGCCCAUCAGGCGCUGAUGGAUGAGAUCCUGAUGCUUCAGGAUGAGAUCAGCGCUCUACAGGCGUGUUUCUCGGAGGAGCUCCAGCGGGACGAAGAAAACCCCGAACAGGACGCUGGCGACCAGCUGGCACUGCACUCCACCCUCACCGUGCUGGGAGAACGCAUGGCCACCAUCCGCAUGAAGGCCUCGGGCAAGCGCCAGCUCCUGGAGGAGCGGCUGAACGAGCAGCUCGAGGAGCAGAGACAGGAACAGGCCCUGCAGCGUUACCAUAGCGAGGCAGAGGAGCUCGAUCAUUGGCUGCUCAGCACGCGAGCGACACUUAGCUCCGCCCUCCAGCCGCAUCCGGAGGACAUGGACAUGGAAGAGCAGCUGAUCGACUGUCAGAACAUGCUGCUGGAGAUCGAGCAGAAGGUGCUGUGUCUGUCCGAGCUGUCCGUACACAGCGAGAGCCUCCUGCUGGAGGGAAAGGCCGGCAUGCGUGGAGACGCCGAGCAGCUCACGCUCAAACUGCACAGCCUCAAAGCCAGCCUGCUGGAGCUGCAGCGCAUCCUCCAGGACAAACACACACACAUCCAGGGUUCCUUGAUGGAGCAGGAGGAGAGUGAGCCAGACUCGUCUCUGUCUCAGAGCCCAAGCGUACUGGACUGGCUGAGUCAGGCUCGGUCCACUCGCAGCCAGCAGCACCAGGACACGGUGCAGAGACAACGGGAGUUAGAGGCACAGCUGGAGGAGCAGAGGAAGCUGAUGCAGUCUGUCGCCUGCCGAGGGGAGGAGAUCCUCUCACAGCAAACCACGCCCAAUGGAGAAAGUCACAGUGCUGCAGAUCUACCGGAUGCGGGUGAGAGCGCGAGCGAACAGGACUGUAUGAUAAUAAAGUGGGAAAAUCUGAACAAAGACCUGAACACCAAGCUGCAGCUUCUAGUGAACACCAUGCAGGACGAAGAGCUCAGCACGGUGUAUCAGAGGUCUCGAGUGUCCAGCCCAGGAAGUCUUUUCAGAGGGGAUCAGCUCACACCGGACGUUUUUUCCCCAAGUGCUUUAUUCGAGACUUUAAACCACAAAGAGGAGGAGCUAGCCGAGGCUGACGUUGACCCCGCCCACGCUCGGGAGAGGAACCUGUACAAGGUUGUGUGUUCAGCCUCCGCCUGGCUAGACACGGCAGAGAACAGUCUGCUCUCUGGCCCCGUGCUGCUGUCUGACGACUCGGAGGUUCAGCUGUGUCAUUUAGAGGGUUUGAAUAAGGAAGUGAAGAAUGUCAGAGAGGAGGUGUGUAAGUGUCAGGAGGUGAUGCAGGGAUGCGACGGAGGAGGCGACGACUUGAUCGAGGAUGUGCUGGACGGACUGGACGGGAGGCUCAGGUUGAUGGAUUCGCUGCUGGAGCAGGGAUGUGACAGCAUCAGAGACAGACUGCAGGAACACACGACGUUCCAGGCUGAACUGAGGCAGUUAUUCUCUGCGAUGUGCGACUCGAAGCAUCUGCUGCUGCAGAAGAUGUGCGGAGCUGCGGAUCGUCCGGCGUCCAAACAGCUGGAGACUCUGGCUGAAGCAGAGGACAGUCUGAGGGAGUUUGAGCAGAAGGUGUGUGAGAUGAGGACUAAAGGAGAAACGCUGCAGUCGGACCCAGUGACCACGCAGGAGCUGCUCAGACUGCAGGACGUGUAUGAGGAGCUGGUGGAGAUGGUGGGCUCGAGGCGGAGUGCUCUGAACCAGACACUGGUGUUGAAGGCUCAGUAUGGGAAGGCUUUACAGGAUCUGCAGGAGCUGGUGGACACGGCGCAGGACAAAAUGGCCGCCGAUCAGAAGACGACCGCGGGCUCCGUGCUCCAGGUCCAGAUCCUCCUGGACAAGCACAAGGAGUUUUUCCAGGGUCUGGAGGCCCACGUGGUGUUGACGCAGGCGUUCUUCAGGCAGGUCAGUGCGGUGAUGGUGCAGAGAGAGGCUCAGAUUCUGGAGCAGACCGUCGCUCAGGCCCAGACCGUCCUCAAGCAGGCGCACAGGAGAGGGGUGGAGCUCGAGGGCAUCCUGGAGGAGUGGAGCAGUUUUGUCGGAGAUUACCAGGCCCUGUACACGCAGCUGGAGGUGGUGGAGGGCAGCAUUCCGGCCGUGGGGCUGGUGGAGGAGACCGAGGAGAGACUGAGCGAGAGGAUCGCGCUCUACCAGUGUCUGAAGAGCUCCCUGGUGGAGCAGCAGCAGCAGCUCUAUCAGGUCCUGGAGGACGGGAAGAGACUGUUACUGCGCGUGUGCUGCUCGGAGCUCGAGGCUCAGCUCACACAGCUCGGGGAGCGCUGGCUCAGCAGCACCACCAAAAUCAGCAAAGAGCUGCAGCGCCUCGACUCCACACUCAAACACUGGACCAGGUACCAGAGCGACUCGGCGGAGCUGGGUCAGUGGCUGUCCUCGGCUCUGGACAGACUGGAGUUCUGGAGCACGCAGUCCGUAACCGUUCCUCAGGAGCUGGAGACGGUCCGAGACCACCUGCACGCGUUCCUGGAGUUCUCUAAAGAAGUGGACGCUAAAUCAUCCCUGCGCGCGUCUGUGCUGAGCCGCGGGAAUCAGCUGCUGAGGCUGAAGAAGGUGGACACGGCGGCGCUCCGGACUCACUUGGGCCAGGUGGAGACGCAGUGGGCGGAGCUUCUCACACGCAUCCCUGUGGUGCAGGAGAAACUCCAUCAGCUGCAGAUGGAGAAGCUGGCGUCCCGUCACGCCAUCACCGAGCUGAUGAGCUGGAUCUCCCUGAUGGAGAACGUCAUCCAGGAGGACCAGGACAAGAUCCUGGGGGCGGUGGGCUCAGAGGUGGUGCAGGCCUACAUCCAAAAAUACAAGGGUUUCGGGAUCGACCUGUCCUGUAAGCAGCUGACGGUGGACUUUGUGAACCAGUCGGUGCUGCAGAUGAGCAGUCAGGACGUGGAGGGGAAGCGCAGUGAUAAGACCGACUUUGCCGAGCGUCUGGGAGCCAUGAACCGGCGCUGGCAGAUUCUACAGGGACUCAUCACCGAGAAGAUCACCUUGUUGGAAAGUUUACUCGAGAGCUGGCUGGAGUAUGAAAACGGAGUCCAGACCCUGAAAACCUGGAUCAGCAUCCAGGAGGAGAAGCUGAAGAAGAAACCCAGGAUCGAGGACGUGGCCUCGGUGCAGAACCUGCUGAAAGACUGCCAGGAGCUGGAGGAGUUGGUGAAAGAGAAGGAGAAAGACCUGGAAAAAGUGGAGGAAAAGGGAUGCUCGCUCAUCCAGGGCAAGAAAGGAGAUGCUGCAGCUGUCGUCAUGGAAACGCUGAAAGGGCUAAACCAAGCUUGGACCAAUUUGGAUCAGAUGGUUGGCCAGGUGAAGGUCAGCCUGCGGGCCGCGCUGGAGCAGUGGAAUCUGUACAAGCGAGCGUCUGAGGAGAUCCAGGGCUACCUGAUGGAGGGACAGUACUCCAUCUCGCGUCUCAGGCUCCUCACCGGUUCUCCCGAGGCCGUCCUCGUGCAGGUGGAGAACCUGGAGAGUCUGCAGGAGGAGCUGGAGAAGCAGGAGAGCAGUCUGAAGAAGUUCGGCUCCCUCACAGAGCAGCUGCUGAAAGACUGUCACUGCACCGUGGCCGAGUCCCUCAACAGCACCCUCGCCGAGGUCAACCACAGGUGGAACUCAUUGCUGGAGCAGAUCUCAGAUCAGCUGAGGAGCAGUAAGAGUCUGCUGCAGCUGUGGCAGGGCUAUAAAGAGCUUCACGAGAGCAGCAGUAAGGAUGUACAGAGACUGGAAGAGAGGGCGGAGAGAUUACUCAAUAGCUCCGCCCACAGGGAUACAACGGAACAGGAAGUGCAGACCUGGAAUCAUGACUGUAACGACUUACUGAAGACCAGUGCCUCGGUCCAGGCCUCGCUGCAGCGGCUAACAGAUGUGGAGGAACAGCUGAGGCUGCAGGUGGAACCAUCAUCCAUGGCGACCUUCCACACAGACUACAUGUCACUCAUCCGUCGCCUAGCAACAGUGGGACACGCCCUCCGCAGGCAGCAGGCUCUGAUAGAGACGAGUGUGAAGGACUGCGAGGGCUUCAGGGAGGAGCUGCGGCGUCUGAGUCGGUGGCCUCAGGAGGCGCGGGAGGUGCUGAAGGAGUCUGAUCCGGCCGGGUCUGCGGAUCUGUCCUCGGUACAGGAACGCAUGGAGAAACUCAAGAUCCAGAUGCUGAACCUGAGUCGUCUGUCUCCUGAUCUGGAGCGGUUAAACAGUCUGGGAUACAGACUGGCUCUGAAUGAGCAGGAGAUCAAAAACCUUCAGGACCUGAACAGGAGCUGGGCGUCCACCUCAGCACAUAGCACGGAGAGGUUCAGUAAGCUGCAGGCAGUCAUGCUGCAGAGACAGACCUUCCUGGAGAAGUGUGAAACGUGGCUCAGCUUCCUCAACCAGACGGAGGAGAAGCUCGGCGCUGAGAUCUCGGGGAAUUACCAGAGCCUCUUAGAGCAGCAGAGAGAGCAUGAGCUGUUCCAGGCUGAGAUGUUCAGUCGACAACAGAUCCUCUGCUCCAUCAUUGGUGAUGGCCAUCAGCUCCUGAAUCAGGGACGAGUGGAAGACAGAGAGGAUUUUGGCCUGAAGUUGGCGCUGCUGAGUAACCAGUGGCAGGGUGUGGUGCGGAGAGCGCAGCAGAGGCGGGGCAUCAUCGACGCGUUGGUGUGUCAGUGGCAGCGCUACAUCGAACUCUCGGACAAACUCAGACACUGGCUGCAGGAGGCGGACCUGGAACCGGAGGAGGAACCGCAACAGCAGCAGCAUCGGGGACGAGUCACGGCGCUACAGCAGGCGCGAGGUGUUCUCGACCACAUACAGCUGAAGGAACGAGUGCUACAGAGGCAGCAAGGCAGCUACAUCUUAGCAGUGGAGGCGGGAAGGCAGCUCCUGCUCUCGGCCGACACCCAGGCAGAGGCGCUGCUGCAGGAGGAGCUGACGGAGCUGCAGGAGCGGUGGAGGAGCUCCAGCAUCCGUCUGGACCAGAGGAAGAAGGAGCUGCUCGUGCUGCUAAAGGACUGGGAGCAGUGCGAGAAAGGGAUUGCUGCGUCACACGAGAAGCUAAGAGCGUUUAAGAGGAAGCUCUCUCUGCCUCUACCCGAUCACCAUGAAGAGCUGCACAACGAGCAAAUCCGCUGCAAGGAGUUAGAGGGCAGCGCCGAGGGCUGGGCGGACGACGUCGCCGCUCUGUGUGUGCUCAGAGACUCGCUCUCGAGCUGCCUGGGCUCGGACGACCUCACCGUCCUACAGGAGAGACUGGAGCUGCUGCAGAGACAGUGGGAGGAGACGUGUCAUCAGCUGUCCGUGCGCAGGCAGCAGGUGAGUGAGAAGCUGAACGAGUGGGCGGUGUUUAACGAGAAGAAUAAGGAGCUGUGUGAGUGGCUGACUCAGAUGGAGAGUAAAGUGUCUCAGAAUGGAGACAUCAGCAUCGAGGAGAUGAUCGAGAAGCUCAGGAAGGACUAUCAGGAGGAGAUCUCAGUAGCGGAGGAGAAUAAGCAGCAGUUGGAGCUGAUGGGUGAGAGAUUGGCUCAGGCCAGCCAUGAGAGCAAAGCGGCCGAGAUCCAGUACAAGCUGAGUAAAGUCAACGAGCGCUGGCAGCACCUGCUCGACCUCAUCGCAGCCAGGGUGAAGAAGCUGAAGGAGACCCUGGUGGCGCUGCAGCAGCUGGAUAAGAACAUGAGCAGCCUGCGUUCGUGGCUUACACACAUCGAGACGGAACUGUCCCGGCCCAUCGUCUACGAGACCUGCGACGGCAACGAGAUCCAAAAGAAACUCAACCAGCAGCAGGAUUUGCAGCGGGACAUUGAGAAGCACAGCACGGGCGUGGCCUCAGUGCUGAACCUGUGCGAGGUGCUGCUGCACGACUGCGACGCCUGCGCAACCGAGACAGAGUGCGACUCCAUCCAGCAGGCCACACGCAGCCUGGACCGCCGCUGGAGGAACAUCUGCGCCGUGGCCAUGGAGCGCAGGCUCAAGAUUGAGGAGACGUGGAGGUUGUGGCAGAAGUUUCUGGAUGAUUAUUCACACUUUGAGGACUGGCUGAAGGCGUCGGAGAGAACCGCAGCUCUGCCCAACUCGUCUGGAGUGCUCUACACCGUCGCCAAGGAGGAGCUGAAGAAGUUCGAGGCAUUUCAGAGGCAGGUGCAGGAGUGUUUAACUCAGCUCGAGCUCAUCAACAAGCAGUACCGCAGACUGGCGCGUGAGAACCGCACAGACUCAUCCUGUCGCCUUCGCCAAAUGGUGCAUGAUGGGAACCAGCGCUGGGACACGCUGCAGAGGAGAGUGGCCGCCAUCCUGCGCAGGCUCAAGCACUUCAUCGGCCAGCGUGAGGAGUUUGAGACGGUGAGAGACGGGGUUCUGGUCUGGCUGACUGAGAUGGACCUGCAGCUCACCAACAUCGAGCACUUCUCCGAGUGUGACGUUCAGGUCAAAAUCAAACAGCUCCGGGCGUUCCAGCAGGAGAUCGAUCUGAACACGGGGAAGAUCGGGAGCGUGUUCAGUCAGGGUGAGGCUCUGAUGGAGAAGAGCGAGCCGAUGGACGCGGCGGUGAUCGAGGAGGAGCUGGACGAGCUGCAGAGGUACUGCAGGGAAGUGUUCGGCCGCGUCGACCGCUACUACAGGAAGCUAACGCGCCUGCCGCUGCCCGACGAUGAUUACGACGGUUCCGACCGGGAGCUCGACCUCGACGGCUCGAGUGACCUCUCUGACCUCCAGUGGGAGGAGGGGAACUCCUUACCCAGCACCGCCACCAACAGCAGGACCGCCUCCGUCAGCCCGGCACCGCUGCGCGCUAACUGCUCGGGUCGCGAGACUCCCGGCAGCGUGGACUCCAUCCCGUUAGAGUGGGACCACGACUACGACCUCGAGCCCAUGGGGCACACCGUAGUGUCAAAGAAAAAGGGGCGGGGCCAGGAGGACGAGGCCAUCGUAUGCAGCACUACCGCAGCUCUCAAAGACGUAGUGAUCCCCGAGAGUCCUGAGGCUUAUAUAAAACUGACAGAAAGCACUCUGAGGUCGUCCUCCGGUGACCUGGUGCAUAACGUCCUGGACACUUCGUACAGCGGUUAUAUGCGUCUGAUGGGAGACUGUCGAGGAAGCAUCAGCGCUCUGAAGAGAGCAGAGGGAGAGCUGGAGGAGGAAGAGAGCGACCUGGCCGGGUUAAACAACCCAGAGAACGCAGAAUUACAAAUCACAGGUGUGAUCGAGCGCUGGGAGCUGAUCCAGGCUCAGUCUCAUAACUCCAGUGAAGACCUGCUGCUAUGGCAACAGCUGACCUCUGACCUGGAGGCUAUGGAGGCGUGGCUUAGCCAGGCAGAGGAGGAGCUGGCUGAGCUGAAGGGGCGGGACUUAAGCACGGAUAUACAAGCCAUCGAUCAACGGAUCAGAAAACUCAAGGAUCUUCAGAAGGAGGUGGAUACCCAUAAGCCCACAGUGCUGUCCAUCAACCUGAGCAGCGUCAGGCUCGUCCAAUCGGAUGCGGAGGAGAGUGGGAAGCUGAGGAGGAGACUGAAGGAGAUGAACUCGCGCUGGGACCGGCUGGGUAAAGUCCUGCAGCAGAGGAGGGCAGCGCUACAGGACGCGCUAAUGCAGUGCCAGGAGUUCCACGAGCUGAGUCACGGCCUGCUGCUCUGGUUAGAGAACAUCGACCGGAGGAGGAACGAAAUCGUUCCCGUCGCACCGGGACUGGACCAUCACACACUCCGGUGCCACUACAGAGCGUUGGAGCAAAUCGAGCGGGAGUUGCGCGAGACGGAGCACAGCGUGAUCAGCCUGCAGGACCUCUCGGGGCAGCUGCUGGUGCAGGCGCAGGGCAGCGAGAGUCUGGAGGCGCAGGAGAGGGUGCACGUCAUCGGGAACCGCCUCCGCCUGCUGCUCAACGCCGUCACCUCCGACCUGCAGCUGCUGGAGAGACGCCUCCAGACCUCGGGGGACGCACACGUGCCAUCCGUCUGGUCUGCGGUGGAUGACGUGGACACGUCGGGAUCGGCCAGUCCGGUGUCUGUGGUCAGCGUGCCCGUCCAGCAUCACACGCUACGGAGCAAAUGUAAUGUGUCAGGAGCAGGAUCCUCAGCCAGCCUGCCGCGCCACAGGUCCCGCGGGGCUUCUGCGUGCGCUUCCUCUCGCUGUGGUUCCUCCGAGCCUCGCGGUGGCGCUGCUGCGGCUCGCUGCCAGCCCUUCCUGCUGCGGGUCCUGCGGUUAGCUCUGCCUCUGCAGCUCCUGCUGCUGCUCAUCGUGGGCUUGGCGUGUCUGGUGCCCAUCACUGAGGAGGACUACAGCUGCGCCAACCAGAACAACUUCGCCCACUCCUUCCACCCCAUGCUGCGCUACACCAACGGACCCCCGCCCAUCUGAGCGAGCCCCAGGAGGCGGGGCUAACCUUCUGACUCGAACUGACACAGACUGUCUAUCAUUAGCCAAAGCUGAAUAUGUGAAUAGUAUUACCCAUGUACAGGUAAACACCGCUGCUAUUUUUAUUUUGUAUUAUUAUUUUUUUGUCUUACUUUAAAUUAUUGAUCACAAUCAGAAGUGUGAGGACGAUCGGACCGUAAGCCGGAGCCUGAGAAGGAUCUUUCGGGGAAACCGGACAAUGAAGAAGUCAAUCAGACUUUAUAGCACUGACUCGAGCGUUUUUUAAGGUACCCGCACCUGAACCGGGCAGAGAAUAUGAUGUAUUUAUUUAAGUUUAUUGUUUGUUUUUGUAAUCUUUAAUCACGGCAUGCGGUUGACGCUUUUUUUUUUAACACUAAACAAUCACUGAUAGUUACUGGUCUGUAAGAGCUAAGCUUCUUUUUUUAAAUACUAGUAAAUGACAAGGUUGUUUUAAAAAAAAUGGAUAAAACCUCAAUCAUGAAAUUGUCAGUACUUAUUUAUGAGUGUACAGUUUACUAACACUGACAGUAAACAAGGCCUUUCUGAUUAAUAUAUACAAAUAACUCGUGUGUGUUUGUGUGCUUUAACACUCUUCACCCUUAAGAUUAAGAGUCCAUUAUUUGUCAAAGUGAAAUCAUUUAUUUUUUAGCAUAUUCAAAGGGAAGGGAGGGAACUGGACUUGGAGAACAGGGUCUGCUCGGAUACACAGCGCCCCCUGGAGGAGAUUGUGUUAAGUGCCGUACUCGAAGACUCAAGUUUACGACUUACGUUUUUAUUCCUCACCUAUACAUUUCUGCAGGGUCAUUAUUCCUCCCA